AGGUUCCGCACUGGGCAGUCUCUUCAUCUCUGCCUCUCUAUUUUCACCGCUCUGUAAUAAGCAGGGCAAAAACAAAAUCUCAUAUAAAAAAAACCCCAACCGCAAAGACAAUAAGCCCCAAACCCAUUUACGUUAUACUAUAAAAAAAGUAAGAGAGCAAAGAAUCUGAUCAGCUUGCUUCCCUUCUUCUUUCCUGUCUCUCUCCUCUCAGUGCACAAUGGACUUUGUAUGAGAAACAAACCCACGAAUCCAAAACCGCCCUUUUCAACAAUUUUUCAUCUUCUCUCUGUUUUUUCAUGGCAGCUUCUGGUGGGUUGGUCUCUGAGCCAACAUCACAGCAAGAGGUCUUUCAAUGGCUGAAAAACCUACCACUGGCACCAGAGUACCAUCCUACUCCAGCUGAGUUCCAAGAUCCAAUUGCCUACAUUUUCAAAAUCGAGAAGGAAGCUGCCAAGUAUGGUAUCUGCAAAAUCGUGCCCCCUGUCCUUGCGGCUCCCAAGAAAGCUGCAAUUUCUAAUCUCAACCGCUCCCUUGCCGCCCGUGCUGACUCCUCUAGUUCGAAAUCCCCACCUACAUUCACUACCCGCCAGCAGCAGAUCGGAUUCUGCCCGCGGAAGCCCCGUCCGGUGCAAAAGCCCGUGUGGCAGAGUGGAGAGAACUAUACUUUUCAAGAAUUCGAAACUAAAGCUAAAUCCUUUGAGAGAAGCUACCUCAAGAAAUGCUCGAAGAAGGGAGCUCUUUCUCCUCUAGAGAUCGAAACCCUAUACUGGAAAGCUACUGUCGAUAAGCCUUUCUCUGUUGAGUAUGCCAACGACAUGCCAGGCUCUGCUUUCUCACCGAAGAAGACUGGAGGGAAGGAGGUGGCAGAGGGGGCAACUGUGGGGGAAACGGAGUGGAAUAUGAGAGGAGUGUCGAGGGCAAAAGGGUCAUUGUUGAGGUUUAUGAAGGAGGAGAUACCUGGGGUUACUUCACCGAUGGUGUACGUAGCUAUGAUGUUUAGUUGGUUCGCUUGGCAUGUAGAGGAUCACGACUUGCAUAGCUUGAAUUACUUGCAUAUGGGGGCAGGAAAGACUUGGUACGGUGUGCCGAGAGAGGCUGCGGUUGCUUUUGAGGAGGUUGUUCGGGUUCAUGGGUAUGGAGAAGAGAUGAAUCCUCUUGUUACAUUUGCAAUUCUUGGUGAGAAGACCACAGUUAUGUCACCUGAAGUAUUUGUUAAUGCUGGUGUACCAUGCUGCAGAUUAGUGCAAAAUGCUGGGGAGUUUGUUGUCACUUUCCCAAGAGCCUAUCAUUCAGGUUUCAGUCAUGGAUUUAAUUGUGGGGAGGCAGCUAAUAUAGCAACUCCUGAAUGGUUGAGGGUUGCUAAAGAUGCUGCUAUUCGAAGAGCUUCAAUUAAUUAUCCUCCUAUGGUGUCUCAUUUCCAGUUGCUUUAUGAUCUUGCACUAGAACUAUGCACAAGAAUGCCUGUGAGCAUCACUGCUAAACCGCGUAGUUCUAGACUAAAAGAUAAGCAAAAGGGUGAAGGAGAAACACUGGUUAAAGAACUAUUUGUAAAGAACGUAAUUCACAAUAAUGGCCUGCUUCAUAUUCUUGGAAAAGGAUCUUCGGUUGUGCUUCUUCCUCGAAGUUCUUCAGACAUUUCUGUUUGUUCGAAUUUACGUGUUGGAUCUCAGUUAAGAGCGAGCCCCUCCCUUGGGCUAUGCAGUAACAAGGUUAUCAUGAAAUCCUCAAAGGAUUCAGUUCCUGAUGAAAUCAUGCCAGAAAGGAACAACAAAAUCAAUCAAGCAAAAGGCCUCUUUUCGGUGAAAGAAAAGUUUGCUUCUUUGUGUGAAAGAAAUAGGUUUUCCUCAUUGAAUGGAAAUGACAGUAUGCAUACUAUGGACACAGGCAUUGCAAACGGGGAAACUGUUCAUGGUGAUAAGUUAUCUGAUCAGAGAUUAUUUUCAUGUGUUACAUGUGGAAUUUUGAGCUUUGAUUGCAUUGCUGUCAUUCAACCAAGAGAAGCUGCUGCUAGAUACCUCAUGUCUGCUGAUUGUAGCUUUUUUAAUGAUUGGAUUGUUGGUUCUGGAGUAACUAAUGAUAGGUUCACCAUUGCCCUUGGAGACUCAAACACUGCUGAGCAGAAUUCCUCCACCAAAUGGUUGAAGAAGAAUACUGUGGAUGGUUUAUAUGAUGUCCCUAUUCAGUCUGCUAAUCACCAAAUUCAGAUGACAGAUCAAAAUAAAGUUGCUUCAAAUGCCGAAACACAGAGAGCCACUUCUGCUCUUGGCUUACUAGCUUUGAAUUAUGGAAAUUCAUCAGACUCUGAGGAAGAUCAGUGUGAACCAGAUGUUUCGCACGAUCCUGCUGAAAUUAACAUGACAAACUGCUCAUUGGAAAGAAAAUAUCAGCAUCAAAUUUCUGCUUUGCCUUCUUUCAAGCAAGAGUGCCAUCAUGAUGAAACUGGCAGUCAUACUAUAUCUUUAUCAAGGCCUGAUCAUAGAGAUGAAGUUACUCUUCAGACUCUUGAUGGGCAUGCAGAACAGGGACAUGGGCAUGGACCAGCCAAUUUGAAGGAUGGAAGUGACCAAACUCUUGAUUCCUCUGUUGAGUUUGAAAUUGAUAAUCUUGCUUCUAUGGAAUCAAAUGGUUUGGAAGAUACAUUUAGAGAUCCAAUGUCAAUGUCACUUACAACUUCAAGUUGUUCCCCAGUUGUCCAUGAUACUGAAAAAGCAAAGUUUAGUAGAGUUGGUGUACCAAGAGAGGAUACGGAGACAUCAUUUGCCCAAAGAUCUGAUGAAGAUUCUUCUCGCAUGCAUAUCUUCUGUCUUGAGCAUGCUGUAGAAGUGGAACAGCAAUUCCGUCCAAUUGGAGGUGUGAAUAUAUUGCUUCUCUGUCAUCCAGAGUAUCCCAGGAUAGAAGCUGAGGCAAAGUUAGUGACAGAAGAACUGGGAAUUGAUUGUCUCUGGAAUGAUAUUACUUUCAGGGAUGCCACCAAAGAGGAUGAGGAGAAUAUCCAGUCAGCUUUGGAUAGUGAGGAAGCCAUACCAGGGAAUGGGGACUGGGCUGUAAAGUUGGGAAUCAAUCUCUUUUACAGUGCCAAUCUUAGCAGAUCUUCUCUUUAUAGUAAGCAGAUGCCAUACAAUUCUGUUAUAUACAAUGCUUUUGGUCGUGUUUCUCCAGCUAGCUCGCCCACAAAGUUUAAUGUUUAUGGAAGGAAGUCUAGCAAGCAGAAAAAAGUGGUGGCUGGGAGAUGGUGUGGGAAAGUUUGGAUGUCAAAUCAAGUUCAUCCUUUCCUAACAAAACGGGAUUCUGAGGAUCAAGAUCAAGAACAAGAUCAAGACAUUAGCUUCCAUGGUUGGACAAGGCGAGAUGAGAAACUCGAGAGAAAAUCAGAAAAUGUCUAUAGGACUGAAACCACCUUAGUUACCAGAAAAUCUGGGAGGAAGAGGAAAAUGAUGGUGGCGAGUGGACCAGGUAAGAAAGUCAAAUCUCUGGAUGCAGGAGAUGCAGCUUCAGAAGAUUCAGAAGAGGAUGUUUCUCAUAAGCAGCAUACAAGAGUUUAUAGUAGGAAGCAAACUAAACGUAUCGAGAGAGAAGUUUCAUAUGAUUCAUUGGAGGAUAAUUCUCAUCCGCAUUAUGGAAGAACUCACAGAAGCAAGCAGGCUAAAUCUGUCGAGAGAGAAGAUGCAAUUUCAGAUGAUUCAUUGAGAUGUAACUCUCAUCAACAUAGAAGAAUUCCUAGAAGCAAACAGGCUAGAUCUACUGAGAGUGAAAAUGAUAUUUCUUAUGCUUACGCAGACAACAACUCUCAAAAGCAACAUAGGAGAAUUCAUAGAACUAGAAGUAAUCAAGCCAAAUAUGUUGAGAGGAAAAGUGAAAUUUCAGAUGAUUCACUGGAAGGUGAUAUUCAUGACUGGAAUGGAAGGCUUUCUAAAAGCACACAAGCAAAGUUUAGGAGGGAAGAUGCAGUUUCAGAUGAUUCACUGGAGGAGAGUUCUCAUCGGCCUCUAAGGAGGGUUCACAGAACCAAACCGGCCAAAUAUUUUGAAAAGGAAGAUGCAAUUUCAGAUGAUUCACUGGAGAAUAGUUCUCUGCAGCAGAAUAGGAGGAUUUCUGGAGGCAGCCAAGCCAAAUCUAUUGAGAGGGAUGAUGAAGUUUCAGAUGAUAUGCUGGAAGCAAGCGCUUACCAGCAGCACACAGGAUCUCAUAGGAGCAGGGCAUCCAAAUUUUUUGACAGGGAGGGUGCUGUUUGUGAUGACCUACUGGAGGACAAUACUUAUCAGCAACGUAUGAGGAUAUUCAGAACCAAGCAAGCCAAAAUUUUCAAGAUGGAAAAUGCAAUUUCAGAUGAUUCAUUGGAAGAAAAUAUUCAGCAGCAACGGCGAGGGAUUCAUAGAAGCAAAAGGGCAAAAUUUGUUGAGAGUGAAGAUGCAGUUUCAGAUGAUUUGCUGGCAGAUGAUACUCGUCUAGAGCACAGGAGGAUGCCUAGAAGAAAGAAAGCCAAAUUUGUAGAGAGGGAAGAUGUUUCAGAUGAUCUGCUGGAGGACAAUGGUCAAUGGCAGCUAAGGAAGACUCCUAGGGGCAAGCAAGCAAAAUUUAUUGAGAGUGAGGAUGUAUCGGAUGAUCUGCAGGAGGAUACUCAUUGGCAUCCAAGGAAGAGCUCUAGGCGCAAGCAAGCUGCAUCUAUCGAGAGGGAAGAUGUUUCAGAUGAUCUAGAGGAGGGGAACACUCAUUGGCAGCCAAAGAAGACUCCUAGAGGCAAGCAAGCCAAGUUUAUUGACAGGGAAGAUGUUUCAGAUGAUCUGCAGGAGGAUGAUACUCAUUGGCAGCCAAGGAAGACUCCUAGAGGCAAGCAAGCCAAACUUAUUGAGAGGGAAGAUGCAGUUUCAGAUGAUUUGGUGGAGGAUAAUUCUAAUCAGCAGCACCAGAGGAUUCUUAGAAGCAAGCAGAAGAAACCAGUGACGCUUGGCAAAAUGAAACGAGGGGCUGUUCAGCAUGUGAAACAAGGGACCUUUAGACUAAGAAAGAAAGAGAAUCUCCGGUCAGUCAAACAAGAAAAGCAAAUGAAGCCAGAGACUCCUCGGCUUAGAAAUGCUAAAGGUGAGCAUAAUGCAAGACAGUUCGAAUCACAUGUUGAAGAGGAACUAGAAGGUGGACCUAGUACACGCCUUAGGAAAAGGCCCUCAAAACCUUCAAAAGAGUCAGAAAUAAAGCUUAAAGAGAAGCUGCAAAGCAAUAGGAAGAAAGUUAAGAGUGGCUCAGCGGGUGGGCAGAAGAAUGUGAAAAAUAAGUUUGAGGAUGCAGAAUAUCAAUGUGACAUUGAGGGAUGCACCAUGAGCUUUGGCACAAAACAAGAGCUAGCAAUGCACAAAAAAAAUAUUUGUCCGGUGAAGGGGUGUGGAAAGACGUUUUUCUCACACAAAUAUCUGGUGCAGCACCGUCGAGUCCACCUGGAUGACCGCCCACUCAAGUGCCCCUGGAAAGGUUGCAAGAUGACAUUCAAAUGGGCAUGGGCUCGAACUGAACACAUAAGGGUUCACACAGGAGCUCGUCCUUAUGUGUGUGCGGAGGAAGGUUGUGGACAGACGUUCAGAUUCGUGUCAGAUUUCAGCCGUCACAAGCGGAAGACUGGUCAUUCAGUGAAGAAAAGCAGGGGUUAAUUUAAUUAAUUAGAGAAAUGUAAUUUAACAUUGCUAAUGGAAGGUAGGUUUGAAGAUGAUAGGGGCAGGUUAUCCCUGUAAUUGUCAUUCAGAUUAACAUUAAUUCUCUUUUUUGUCAUGUCAUUGUCAUUGGUCUUAAUUAGUCCCAUUUAUUCACUGCAAUCUGACCAAUUACUUGGAUCUUGAAAGAGAUUAAUCUCCAAUGAAUGUCACUGGUUGUAUCUCC